CAAACACAUGGGGGUCUCCGCGGGUGAAAAACCUAGGUGAGCCACGCAACGGCUUGCCCAUUGGAUCCCCCGAUACGGAGACUCUCCGGCGAAGCGACCGUCAUAGCCGCCGCGGCCGCCGCCGCCGCUUCCUCCGCGCUGUGGCGAUAUAAACCCUAGCAAACAAAUCUAUAUAGAGCGGGAACGCCCAUCCCCACACUCUCACGGAUUCAUUAUCGCAAUAUGGUUGCACCACUUUUAGCAGGAAUUGCAGUAGCUGCUGCUGCUUAUGCUGGUAAAUAUGGAAUCCAAGCCUGGCAGGCAUACAAGGCACGGCCAAUUGUUCCUCGGAUGCGAAAAUUUUAUGAAGGUGGCUUCCAGCCUACCAUGACUAGAAGAGAAGCUGCUCAAAUUCUUGGAAUUAGGGAAAGCACCCCUCCAGAUAAGAUCAAAGAUGCGCACAGAAAGGUUAUGGUUGCCAACCAUCCAGAUGCAGGAGGAAGCCAUUACCUUGCCUCAAAAAUCAAUGAGGCAAAAGAUGUGUUGCUGGGGAAGACCAAAGGCGGAGGAUCUGCAUUUUGAUGUUCCCCUUCUCCUAUUAAGAUUCCUGGUGCUGCCUCCUAGUUAAAUCAGAAAAUUGUAUUAAUUAGAGAAAAGGUGCAGAGCUUGAUUUUUUAUUACAUCAUAUCUUACACUUACCUAGACCAUUUUUGAUCUUCUCGGCUAGCCUAAACUUCAAAUAAGUUGGCGCCUUUAAAGUACUGUGAAGAAUUUUGUUGUGCAUUUCGCUAAGAGUACCUGCAAAUGUAUUACCAUUAAUUUGGAGGACUUGUAAACACUGAUCAUCGGAUGUUCUCAAAUUUUGUUAUGCAUUGUGGCUAUCAGAUACUGGAAUUGUUUGAUUUUGA